UUCAUUUGUACCUUUCAAGUACUUACUAUUCAAAUAGAAAAAUAUAAAUAAUUUGAAUAAAUAACAAAACAAUGUAAUUUCUCAUAAAACUGCAAUUGUAAAACAUAUAUCCUAUUAAGAUUUCAUAAUAUUUGAAAACAUUAUCAAUGUGUGAUAAAAAGGGCAUUUAGAAAGAAGAUUAAAAAGCAACAACUCUAUAGAAAGCUUCUAUAGUGGUUAAUUAGUUUAAAACAAAUGAAACAACUUCUGAGUAAAUCAUCUCCAAUACACUUAUUUUAUACUCUUAAAAUUCAUUUCUAGUGACAACCGAAGUUCUUAUUUGUUAAUAUACAUUGAAGACAUUUACAAGAAAGCUUACAGCACAAUGGGAAAUAAAAUUAUCAUAUUUUUAAAGAGCAAAUGUAUUCCAGAAAUGUAAUUUAAUAUGAUGCUAACCCAACAAUCUAAUCAUUUAAUAGUAUUUAAUACUUAAUAAAACCACCUCAUUUCAUCCCACACUCCGCGGUAAUUUCUUUUAAAAUGUGUAUUUAGGGAAAAAUUAAAUAAAUUCAAAACAAAGUAAUAGAAAGCAAGUAGUAUUUUUUUUCAGUAAUCUAACAGUAUUACAUAUGAAGUGAUCUGUAUCUAAGUGCAAUAACUGCUUAGGACUCUAAGCGCCGCUGUUUACCUACUGGGAGAGAAAUGCAGUCGAAAUGCCAUCCAAUACUCUGGGCUUACACCUCGCAGACCAGCAGAUCCCACAAACCAACUGCUGGGCUGCAGCGAAAUUCCGUCCCUAUUUUGGCCCACACCAGCUUUCCGUAAGAUUAUGAUCUCCACAGCUGCGGCAAAAAAACUAAACAAGACACAUACGCACAGUGAAGAUUCUGAAAGAAUUCUGUAGUGAAAUAACAAUGGCCGCUCCAAAGAAUCACCGAGGACGCAGCAAGCUGAUCCUGCUGUGCGCGGUGCUGGGGACGCUGUGGGAUAUCGGGACAGGACAGAUUCGCUACUCUGUGUCUGAAGAGACGGACAAAGGCUUCUUCGUGGGCAAUAUCUCCAAGGACCUAGGACUGGAACCCUGGGAGCUGGCGAAGCGUGGAGUGCACAUCGUCUCCAGAGGUAGGACACAGCUCUUUGCUCUAAAUCCGAGAAGUGGCAGCUUGGUCACCGCGGGCAGGAUAGACCGGGAGGAGCUUUGCGCUCGGAGCGUCCGGUGUCUGAUAAAUAUUAACAUCCUGGUUGAGGACAGAGGAAAACUCUUUGGGAUAGAAAUAGAAAUCACUGAUAUUAACGAUAAUAACCCGAAAUUCCAGGUCGAAGACCUGGAAGUAAAAAUUAACGAAAUCGCUGUUCCUGGAGCACGUUAUCCACUCCCAGAAGCUGUUGACCCAGAUGUGGGAGUGAAUUCCCUGCAGAGCUACCAGCUCAGCCCCAAUCCCCACUUCUCCCUGGACGUGCAAACUGGAGACGAUGGGACCAUAAGCCCAGAGCUGGUGCUGGAGCACGCCCUGGACCGAGAGGAAGAGGCUGCUCACCACCUGGUCCUCACCGCCUCUGAUGGCGGCGACCCGCGUCGCUCUAGCACAGUGCGCAUCCAUGUGACAGUGUUGGAUACAAAUGAUAACGCCCCGGUUUUUGCUCACCCAGUUUACCGAGUGGAAGUCCUUGAGAAUGUGCCCCCGGGCACCCAGCUGCUUACUGUAACAGCUAGUGACCCGGAUGAGGGAGCCAAUGGAAAAGUGGCAUAUAAAUUCCGGAAAGUUAAUGAAAAACAAUCUCUAUUAUUCCAGCUUAAUGAAAAAACUGGGGAAAUAUCAACAGCAAAAAGUCUAGAUUAUGAAGAAUGUUCAUUUUAUGAAAUGGAAAUACAAGCUGAAGAUGUGGGGGCACUUCUGGGCAGGACCAAAGUUCUCAUUUUAGUGGAAGAUGUAAAUGACAAUAGACCAGAAGUGAUCAUUACAUCUUUGUUUAGCCCAGUGUUGGAAAAUUCUCUUCCGGGAACAGUAAUUGCCUUCUUGAGUGUGCAUGACCGAGACUCUGGAAAGAACGGUCAAGUUGUCUGUUACACACGUGAUAAUUUACCUUUUAAACUAGAAAAGUCAAUAGAUAAUUAUUAUAGGUUAGUGACUUGGAAAUAUUUGGACCGAGAAAAAGUCUCUACCUACAAUAUUACAGUGAUGGCCUCAGAUCUAGGAACUCCGCCUCUGUCCACUGAAACUCACAUUGCCCUGCAUGUGGCAGACAUUAAUGACAAUCCGCCUACUUUCCCUCAGGCCUCCUACUCAGCCUAUAUCCCAGAGAACAACCCGAGAGGCGCCUCCGUCUUCUCAUUGACUGCAAACGACCCUGACAGCCAGGACAACGCACAGGUCACUUACUCUGUAAUUGAGGACACCCGCCAGGGGGCAUCCCUAUCCUCGUACGUCUCCAUCAACUCAGACACCGGUGUGCUGUAUGCACUGCAAUCUUUCGAUUAUGAACAGAUGCAAGACUUGCAAUUACUGGUGACCGCCAGCGACAGCGGAAACCCUCCACUCAGCAGCAACGUGUCGCUGAGCCUGUUUGUGCUGGACCAGAACGAUAACAUUCCCGAGAUCCUGUAUCCUGCCCUACCCACAGACGGUUCCACUGGCGUGGAGCUGGCACCACGCUCUGCAGAACCUGGCUACCUGGUGACCAAGGUGGUGGCAGUGGACAAAGACUCGGGCCAGAACGCCUGGCUGUCUUAUCGCCUACUCAGAGCCAGUGAGCCUGGUCUCUUCUUGGUGGGGCUGCACACAGGCGAGGUGCGCACAGCGCGGGCCCUGCUGGACAGAGACAUGCUCAAGCAGAGCCUCGUGGUGGCCGUCCAGGACCAUGGCCAGCCCCCUCUCUCAACCACCGUCACUCUCACCGUGGCUGUAGCCGACAGUAUUCCCGAAGUCCUGGCUGAUCUGGGCAGUCUCAAGCCUUCAACCAACCCAGAGGACUUGGACCUCACGCUGUACCUGGUGGUGGCCGUGGCAGCAGUCUCCUGUGUCUUCCUCGCCUUUGUCCUUGUGCUCCUGGGGCUCAGGCUGGGACGCUGGCACAAGUCACGCCUGCUCCAGGCUUCUGGAGAUAGUAGGUUGGUAGGCAUGCCUGCCUCACAUUUUGUGGGUGUUGACGAGGUACAGGCUUUCCUGCAGACCUAUUCCCAUGAGGUCUCCCUCACUGCAGACUCGAGAAAGAGCCACCUUAUCUUUCCUCAGCCCAACUAUGCCGACACACUCAUCAGCCAGGAGAGCCGUGAGAAAAAUGAUUCUUUGUUAACACCCAUAGAUUUUCACGACUGUAUUGAUGAAGGUGCUCAUGCUCAGCAAGCCCCGCCCAACACGGACUGGCGUUUCUCUCAGGCCCAGAGACCCGGCACCAGCGGCUCCCAAAAUGGCGAUGACACCGGCACCUGGCCCAACAACCAGUUUGACACAGAGAUGCUGCAAGCCAUGAUCUUGGCCUCUGCCAGUGAAGCUGCUGAUGGAAGCUCCACCCUGGGAGGGGGCGCUGGCACCAUGGGCUUGAGUGCCCGCUACGGACCCCAGUUCACCCUGCAGCAUGUGCCCGACUACCGCCAGAACGUCUACAUCCCUGGCAGCAAUGCCACACUGACCAACGCAGCUGGCAAGCGGGAUGGCAAGACCCCAGCCGGUGGCAAUGGCAAUAAGAAGAAGUCGGGCAAGAAGGAGAAGAAGUAAUGUGGAGGCCAGGCCUAGAGCCACAGGGCAGCCUCCCUCCCCAACCAGCCCAGCUUCUCCUUACCUGUACCCAGGCCUCAGCAUUCAGGGCUCACCCCCAGGAUACUGCUAGGGGCCAAUGCCAUGCUCCCCUUGGGAAACAGAAACAAGUGCCCAGUCAACACCCCCUGUCUGUGCCCCCAGGGGGUUGAAUAUGCAAAGGGAGUUCUGCUGGGAACCCCCAUCCAAUCAAUUGCUGUACCCAUGGGGGUAGUGGGGUUAGUGUAGACACCAAGAACCAUUUGUCACACCCCCUUUAUUUACAGCUGAACUCCUCCAUCUUCCAAAUCAACAGGCCCAUCCAUCCCCUGCCUCCCUGCCCGCCCCACCCCACUCCUUCACCAGUUCCUCUCUCUCGAGUAAGGUGGUUGGGGUGUUGAGGUACCAGGUGACCUAAAAAGGCUCAUAGUUCUGAAGACUUGGAAGGACAUCAUGACCUCUUGGCUUCUCCUUCGAUUCUCAAUCUUCCCCCAAAGCAUGGUUUGGUCCAGUCCCUUCAUCUCCUUCCAGACCUGAGACCAAUGCUCAAGUUUUGGAGGACAUGGUCAUCAUCCCCAUGGUACUUACGCUUGCUGGAUUUAGGGAGAGCAUUUUGCUACCAAGCCUCUUCCCUACGCCCUGGGGACCAGUCUUUUGUUUUGUUUUGUUUUGUUUUUUAUUGUUUGAUGUUCCCACUGCAUGCUGUGACUACCUUACUCCCUCCUCAAACAAGAGAUUCCAUUGCAUGUUCCAAGACAGUAUGGGGUGGUAAGGUAAAGAAGGGAAGUGUGUGUAUGCAGAUGAGGGGGAUGGACAAAGCUUGACCCAUAAGUUAUCAGGGUCUUUCGGGAGGCUCUGCGUGUCCCCAGGGUACUGACCAGAUCCUCAAAUACCAGCCAUAAACCAAUCACCAGGCUGGACCCUCACCCCCCACAAAUAGGGCUCAGCCCAGGCAGCCAGCUUUGGGCUGAGCUACUAGGACCAAUGGAUUUAAACUGGCAUUUCAGACCAAGGAAUCUCUGAGAAGGUUUAGGAUCAGGUCCCCUGGAGGGGUCAGAGGGGCUUCUGUAGGUGCUGGGUACUCCAGAGGUGCCUCUGGUGGAAGCCAGCAGGGCCCCAGCAGGAAGGAAGAGCCACCUGGGCCCUUCUUAGUCCCUGGGUUGAGAAGGCAAGAAACUAGAGCAGGGACCAAGUGGACAGACAGUCUCAGCCCAGGAUGGGGCUUCUCCACAGGGGCCCUGCCCUUCUCAAGCCUCGGUCCUCCACCUUGCCAGGUGCCAUUUCUUCUCUGUGAAGGCCACUGCCCAGGCCCCCAGUCCGCCCCCUAGUGGCCAGAGCCUGGUUAAAGUCCCCAGUGCCUCCUUGUGCAUAGAACUUCCUCUCCCCACGCCCUUCUGCCCCCGGGGUCCCGUUCCUCCAGCGGGGCUGCCAGAGAACCCCACCCCAGCCCCUACAGUAGUGUAGAGCCCUCUCCCGCUUUCGGCCGGUGUAGAAUAGCCAGUAGUGUAGUGCGGUGUGCUUUUACGUGAUGGCGAGUGGGCAGCGGGCGGCGGGCUCCGCGCAGCCGUCUGUCCCUGAACCUGCCUGCGGCGGCCCGUGCUGUGUUUCGUGCUGUGUCCACGCGCUGCGGCGACCCCUCCCCCGUACUGACUCCUUCUAUAAGCGCUUCUCUUCGCAUAGUCACGUAGCUCCCACUCCACCCUCUUCCUGUGUCUCACGCAAGUUUUAUACUCUAAUAUUUAUAUGGCUUUUUUUCUUCGACAAAUAAUAAAAAGGUUUCUUCUGAAA